AUGCUUCCAGUCAAGGCUUCAGACGGGUCUUUGGAUCUGCUCAACUGGAUCGCAGGUAUCCCUGGGAAGUCCAACACCCUAUGGGACCACGCCACGUACCCGCUCACGAUUGCGUUCCCUGAGGAAUACCCUGCCAAGCCACCAAAGGUCAAGUUCCCGGCCGGGUUCUACCACCCAAACGUGUAUCCUUCAGGAACGGUGUGUUUGUCGAUAUUGAACGAGGAACAGGACUGGCGGCCGGCCAUCUCCCUCAAACAAAUCCUUCUCGGUGUGCAGGAACUGCUCAAUACCCCAAACCCAGACUCCCCGGCCCAGGAACCCGCGUGGCGUUUGUUCACAAAGGACCGCUUAGCAUACGAGAAAAAAGUUAGAGAACAGACCAAACGGUACGCCAACCCGGACAAAUAG